AUGGAUAUAGUGGAGUUUUGGGUGUUGUUUAUUGUUCUUGGGUUUUCUUUACAAGCUCAGGUUUUGAGUUCUCAGAACCUGACCUGCAAUUUAAAUGAUCUGAAGGCAUUAAGGGAUUUCAUGAAUUCUGUGGAAUCACCUAUUGUUGGAUGGGACACUAAUUCAUCUUCUUCCAAUUGCUGUAAUUGGGUUGGUAUUACAUGCAAUUCUUCAUCCGCACUUGGAUUAAACGACCCAAUAGACUCCAGUAGGGUGGUCAGGGUUGAGAUAGGGAGGAGAAGACUAAUGGGAAAACUCUCUGAAUCUUUAGGCAAUUUGGACCAGCUUAGAUCGCUUAAUCUCUCUCAUAAUUUCCUUCAUGGCUCGCUUCCGUCGUUGCUGUUACAUUUGUCAAAUUUAGAGGUUUUGGAUUUGAGCAACAAUGACUUCUCUGGCUUGUUCCCUAUGAGUAUAAACCUACCUUCAAUUCAAUUCAUCGACAUUUCAGAAAAUUCCUUUGAGGGUCUUGUGCCUGUGGGCAUCUGCAAUAACUCGACCCGACUCACAGUUUUGGAUAUGGCAGUGAAUAAUUUCUCUGGAAAUUUUCCAGCAGGAAUUGGGAAUUGUAGUUCAUUGGAACACCUUUGCCUUGGUUCAAAUUUUCUCACGGGUGGUCUACCAGAAGAUCUUUUUCAGCUACCAAGAUUGACUUUACUGACUCUUCCAGAUAACAGGUUUUCCGGGCAAUUGAGCAGCAGUAUCGGCAACCUCUCUGACCUUGUUCGUUUGGAUCUCUCAUUAAACAGGUUUUCAGGGAACAUACCUGAUGUUUUUCAUGGCUUUAGAAAUCUAAAAUAUUGUGCAAUUCAGUCCAAUAAUUUCAGUGGUCGGAUACCCUUUUCACUUUCCAAUUCUAGGACUAUUGCUUCUCUUAGUUUGAGAAACAAUUCUUUGGAUGGCUCAAUUGAUCUUAAUUGCUCAGUAAUGACUAGUCUUGUCUCACUUGAUCUGGGCUCCAAUCAAUUCUAUGGGUUAGUUCCUGAUAAUCUUCCCUCUUGUCCACAAUUGAAAAACAUAAAUCUUGCGAGGAACAACAUUACUGGCCAAAUCCCAGAAACCUUUAAGAAUUUUCAGCGCCUCUCUUACCUUUCCAUCUCGAAUUCCAGCAUUUAUAACAUCUCGGCUGCCCUUGAUAUACUACAGCAUUGUCAGAACUUAACUACUCUGGUUCUUACCCUGAAUUUUCGUGAUGAAGCAUUGCCUUCUUAUCCAAGUCUUCAGUUUAAAGCACUGAAGGCUCUUAUUAUUGCCAAUUGUGGACUCACUGGUUUGGUUCCCCAGUGGUUGAAUGGUUGCAGAGAUUUGCAGUUGCUGGAUUUGUCCUGGAAUAGUUUGGAGGGAACAAUCCCUGCCUGGUUUGGCGGUUUUCAGCAUCUUUUUUACCUGGACUUAUCUAAUAACUCUUUAACUGGGGAGAUUCCAAAACACCUUUCUGGAUUGCAGAGCCUCAUCUUUCGGAAUAUCUCAUUGGAAGAGCCUUCACCCGAUUUUCCAUUCUUCCUGAAAAGAAACAGUGGCAGAGGGUUGCAGUAUAAUCAAAUAUGGAGCUUUCCGCCAACUCUGGAACUCAGUAAUAACUUUCUCACUGGACCCAUUUGGCCAGAGUUUGGGAAUUUGAAAAAGCUACACGUGUUGGACCUCAAGUGCAACAAUCUAUCGGGAACCAUUCCCAGUGGUUUGGCCGGUAUGACAAGCAUAGAAACUUUGGAUUUGUCCCAUAACAAUCUCUUUGGAUCAAUACCCCCUUCAUUGGUGAACCUCAGUUUUCUGUCCAAGUUCAGUGUAGCUUACAACAAUCUCUCAGGGGUAAUCCCUACUAGAGGCCAAUUUGCUACCUUUCUGAACUCAAGCUUUGAGGGAAACCAAGGUCUUUGUGGAGAACCCCCUUCCUCGUGUCAGGCUGGUGACCGUGUUCGUCGUGAAUCAGCCACCAAAUCAAAGAAAAAGAAAAAGAAAGGAACUAUAAUUGGAAUGGCUGUUGGAAUUGGAUUUGGCACCGCAUUUCUUCUUGCUCUCAUGUUCUUAAUUGUUCUGAGGGCAAGUAGUCGAAGGGAGAUAGAUCCUGAAAAGGAGGAACCAGAUGCUACUGAAAAGGAUUGUGAAGAACUUGGUUCUAGUUUAGUGGUUCUUUUCCAAAACAAGGAGAAUAAUAAAGCUGUCUUCCUUGAUGACCUCCUGAAAUCUACGGACAAUUUUGAUCAAGCAAACAUCAUUGGUUGUGGGGGAUUCGGUUUAGUGUACAAGGCAAACCUGCCUGAUGGUAGGAAGGUUGCUAUCAAACGGCUCUCUGGUGAGUGUGGGCAGAUGGAGAGGGAAUUCCGAGCUGAAGUUGAAGCACUCUCAAGAGCUCAGCAUCCAAAUCUCGUCCAUCUUCAGGGUUAUUGUACAUAUAAGAGUGACAGGCUCUUAAUAUACACUUACAUGGAGAAUGGUAGCUUGGAUUAUUGGUUGCAUGAGAAACCGGAGGGGCCUUCCUUACUUGACUGGGAUACGAGGCUUAGGAUUGCUCAAGGGGCGGCAAGAGGCCUGGCUUACUUGCACCAAUCAUGUGAACCCCAUAUCCUUCAUCGAGACAUAAAGUCAAGUAAUAUCCUCUUAGAUGAGAAUUUUAAAGCUCACUUGGCUGAUUUUGGUCUUGCAAGGCUCGUACUUCCCUAUGACACCCAUGUCACCACUGAUCUUGUUGGAACUUUAGGCUACAUCCCUCCGGAGUACGGCCAAGCUUCUGUUGCGACUUAUAAGGGAGAUGUGUACAGUUUUGGAGUUGUUCUCUUGGAGCUUCUUACUGGAAAGAGGCCAAUGGAUAUAUGCAAACCCAAAGGAAGCCGGGAUUUGAUCUCUUGGGUAAUUCAAAUGAAGAGAGACAAGAGGGAAACUGAGGUGUUUGAUCCGUUUAUCUAUGACAAAGAACAUGCUAAGGAAAUGUCCUGGGUUCUUGAGAUUGCUUGCCUUUGCUUAAGUGAAUCCCCUAAGAUUAGGCCUUCUACUCAGCACUUAGUUUCUUGGCUGGACAACAUUGAUCUUAGCAUUUAG